AGGGGAGGGAACCUGAGUCAGGGGAGGUGAAAGGGGAAGCCUUUUUCUCUGCCAGAAAAGUUAAACCUUCACACUCCCAUUCCACUUUAACACCGCCUGGACACAUCUCUACAAUUCAUCUCAACGCUCACAACUUAGGACAGUCAAGAUGGCUAUGGUAUCAGAGUUCCUGGGACAGCUGGCUCUCAACGUUGGGUCCUGUGAACCCACAUUCCCCACCGUGGUGCCCGCCAAGGACUUUGACCCCGACAGAGAUGCUGCCAGAAUAGAGACUGCUAUCAAGACCAAAGGAACGGAUGAACAAACCAUCAUCGACGUCCUAACAAAGAGGACCUACUCACAGAGGAGAGACAUUGCUUUUGCAUAUGAAAGGAGGGCAAAGAAGGACAUGAUCUCAGCCCUGAAGGCAGCGCUGUCUGGCUCUCUGGAGUCAGUGAUCCUCGGAUUGAUGAAGAGCACAUCCCAGUACGAUGCCUCAGUGAUCAGAGGAUCCAUCAAGGGCGCAGGAACAGAUGAAGAAACACUGAUUGAGGUUUUGUGCUCACGCAGCAAUGAUGAGCUUAUGGAGAUCAAGAAGGUGUACAAGGAAUUGUUCAAGAAGGAGCUGGACAAAGACGUGGCAGGUGACACCUCUGGGAACUUUGCUAAGCUGCUCUUGGCUCUGGUGCAGACCAAGAGAGCAGAACCAUCGUCUCUAGUCGACUAUGAAAAGAUUGAUCUGGAUGCCAGAGCGCUCUUUGAGGCCGGGGUGAAUACAAAGGGGACUGAUGUGCCGACCUGGAUCACCAUCAUGUCUGAGAGAAGCGUACCCCACCUGCAAAAAGUGUUUCAGAGGUACAAGAGUUACAGCCCCUACGACAUGCAGGAGAGCAUUAUGAAGGAAGUCAAAGGAGACUUGCAAAAGUCCUUCCUGGUGCUAGUGAAGUGCUUUGAAAACAAACAGCUGUACUUCGCCAGCAGACUGAACGAAGCCAUGAAGAGUAAAGGAGCCAAAGAGAAGAUAGUGACCAGAAUUAUUGUGUCACGCUGCGAGGUGGACCUGAAGAAGGUCUGUUCUGAAUACAAGGCCACCUUUGGAGAGUCUGUGCAGAAGACUAUCAUGGAACACACCAAGGGAGACUACCAGAAGGUGCUGCUGGGCCUUGUCGGACCAGAGCACUAAAAAUGAACCAUCAGUAUCAAAAGGUGCACCGGAAAGGUGGGCUCAUGAAUAUCACAAACUCUGCAGCAAAAAGCCCAUCCUACAUUUUCUGCACACAUUUUAAUGCAACAUUCAAGAGAUUACAUUUAUCUUUUUCAUCCAUGAAUAAUCUGUAUUACAGCUUACUUUUGUUAUACCAAAACGGCAAUAAAAACCUUUGUUAGAGCA